UUCACUUGAAAUGUUCGUCACUAUUUUCUUACAUGGCCAAACUUGUAUGACAACUUUCAUCAAUUAUGCAAGUUUAGUGGAGGGGUGCGGUUCUCUUUGAUGAUUAAUACAAGUUUUUUUUGUUUAUAAUAACAACAAUAAUAAUAAAACUAUGAAACUAAGGCUAAAACAUUGUGUUUAUUCACCGUGAUUUAUAUUCCUUCUUUCUGUGUUCCCAGAAAGAUCAUGUUUCUUUAUCUUGUGAUUUCUAUUUUCUUCUCACAGUGAAGUUUUCAUUCUACCAUCCCUAAGGCUAAAACAUUGUGUUCUUUAUAAUUUUCAGUUUCUUUGUUGAAUCCCUACUCGCUGUCCUACUCUCUCCAAUCUCACAUAUCACAUUGUUACUUACUCUCACUCAACUAAGAUUUUGUUUCUUUCUAUUUUUCACACCCCAUGUUUUGUGAGAUUUGCUCGUUCUGGAAUUCCAGGAAUAAGAUGAGUGAACUUGGAUGUGGCAAUGCUUGUCUGUGUUGAUAAUUUCCAGUUUCUUGAGUAGAUAGGUAAACAAGUGUCUAUAGAGUGAAUUUGGAUUUGCAACGGAUUCGUUGUGGGUAUUUUCAGUUUUUAAGUUAAAAAUGCUUCGAUUGGAGGCAUGGUUUCGUGUCAUUCCAUUUUCUUUUCUCUUUCCAUGUUUAUCAUGCAUUAAGGGAUUAGUUACUUUGUGAAGAGAAUGAAUUGUAUUCCUAAAUCACCGCAGACUAAUGGGUUCUCUUUGUUGUUAGAAUAUUUUUUUGCUGCUAAGAUACUAGAGAAUUCGUUACUUCUUUGUGUGAAUUAUUAUAAACAUUCACAUAAGUUCCAGCCAACUACUGAGCUUAUCACCGCAUUUAUUGCAAUUAUUAUAUAAAACUACAAUCAUCACACUAAGGUUGAGCCCGUCUACUAAUCUUAGCAUUACAAAGAUUUUAUUUUCUAAGUUUUGAGUUAAUUGAUAAAAGUGGUUACAUAGGUUUGGUCCAACAACAAAAACAUUACAAGCAUUAUAAAUGUAACAAAAAAAAUCACAUAUGUAUUACAUUACAACAAAACAAUCAUUCUUAUUUUCUAUAAGUAUUUCCAUCCAAAAUAUCCGGUUACCUUGCUCUGAAUAAGAAGUACGUUUAAGGGUUUGUUAGAAACUUAAUAUUUUUAUAUAUUAGUUUUUGAAGGGAGUAAGCAAGACAAAUGCAGAUUUUUUUUUAAAAUAUGGAUGAAAAGAAACCAAAUCACAUUCUUGUUAUAUUGUAUUACAUACAUAAUCUUUUUAUUUCUAUCGAAACCGUUAUGACUAUUUUCUUACAUGACCAAACUUGUAUGACCACUUUCAUCAAUUAUGUUAGUUUUGGAAAGUGUACGGUCCUCUUAUAUGAUUCAUAUAAGUUUUUUUUACGGUAACAAAAAUAACAAUAAAACUAUGAAACUAGGGCUAAAAACAUUGUUUUACCAUAAAAUUGGAUCAUAUUUUUGGAAUAACAAACAUUUUCCUUUCCUUUUCUUUUCGACUUUUAUUUGGGGAAUAUAAAUAACAGGUCGCAACAAAAAAAGUUUUAUUCUUUCCCCCAACAUUUUUUACUAAUUUUUUUUCAAAUAUAUAUAUAUAUAGAGAGAGAGUAGAGAGAGUGAGUGAAAGAGAGAGAGAAAGUCAAGAGGGAGAAAAUAUUUCCUGCCUCCCUGAUUGUCGCUCCUUGCUUACCCAACGUCGUCUUCUUCUUUCUAACGGUAUGUUUAAACAUUGGGAAUCAGUAAUAUUAUGUUAGCAAUUUAUAAUUGAGAAAUGAAUAUACAUAUAAAAAUUAUUUGUUAAGUACUAUUUCAAUUAUCAUAUUGUUUGUUGUUAAGUGUUAAUUAAGUUAUUAAUGUCAAAGUGCGGAAGUACUUCAAUAUUGCUAAUUCAUUCAUCAUUUAUUAAAAAAUAACUAUUUUUUGUUUCCAACACCUAGUCGCGCCUAGGCGACGCUUAGGCGCUAGGCAGAGCUCCAACGCUCGCCUUACGCUUAAUGCUUUCUUGAACCUUGCCUGAGCAUCACGUCAAAUUGAGGAUUUUCUGUUUUCUUGGAUGAGAAUUUUCAAUUUACUUAGUAACAAUUGAAUGAUAAGUAAAGAGAAGUGAGGGAGAGAGAGAAGAAAGAGAGGAAAAUAUUUUCCUGCUCUCUGCUUGCCGCCCUACCGCAUACUCCCGUCAGCGCCAGUCCUUAGAAUCGCGUGGAUCACCUUAUAUAUCCAGCUUCAUUACUUACUCUGAAAAUAGAUUACACACUCUCUCUAGAUCGAAUUAUUUAUUCUAGCUUGUUCUACUUUUCCCUGCCGCUACUCUCGUUAGCACUUGUUUUACUCUCUCUCACUCAAAUUUGGGCUAAUUCUGAGAGUGGUGGGGUCAACAGAGGGAUCGACCGUCGUUCUCUGAUUUGGUUGAAACUUUUGUCGAUGCUCUUCUCUUGGUCUGCUGGUUUUGCUUCAUUUUGGUCCAUCUAGUUCUAAAGUUGCCUAUAUCUAAAAAUUACUAAAAAAAUUAUACCCAAAAUGGCAUAAAAUAGUACAAGGUCUAUGAAUUGCACUUUAGACAAAUAGUUGACAUUUUCAUCGUAAAAAACUCUAAGACCGCAUCAAUUAUAUAUGGAUUUGGUAUAGAAUGAGGCAAGAAAAAUACUACUUUUCAAGUUUCAUAAGUUUGCCUUCUAUAACAUCUAUAAGAACCAUAGAAAGUUGCUAACAUGUUCGGCAAGGAAUGAUGCAUAAAUUCAUUAUCUUCUUCCAUGUCCAACACCACAAAAUCAACAUGGAAAAACGUCCUCGACAAUGUCCUAUGAGUAACCAUUGUUCUAUUGGAAAGUUGUAAGCACAUGCAAGUUAGACGAGGUUCUCCUACGUCUAAAUUUUUACACAGCUUAUAAGGUACAUAUUUAAUGCUUGCUUCCUAAAUUAGUCAAAGCACUAUCAACAAAAAAUAAACUUAUCGAACUGACACGAGAGGGUGACUAUCCGUGAAUCCUUCAUCUACAAUGGUUGCUUAUUAUGAAGAGCGAUUGUAAAUUUGUAAUACAAAUCUCUGAUGACCGUCACCAAAGCUGACUCGUCAAUCUUCCUUUUCACAAAGAGAAUUACCUUCAGAAAUCAAGGCAUGCAUUGUGAGCUAAGACACCAAAUCCAUAAUCAGGAGGCUGGCUUGGAUUUCCUUCAACACAUAAACGAAUUGAUUUGGAAAAUGCUCCUCUAAUUGAUCCUGGUAUAGGCAAGAUGGAAAUGACACUACAUAUGACUUAAAAAUGCCAAGUUGCAGUGCUUUCUUUAUUAUGCAUACAUAAACCAUGAUAUUUAUUUAUGCAUGGUGGUGGGUUGUGACGACUUGAAAAUAGAGAAUGAAAGUGAUAUAUAUCAUCAAACAAGGACAUAUAUACUUAAGCAACAUCUUAUUAGUUAAAUUAAAUGAUACUUAAGGGUAAAAGUCUACUGGGUGGAGAACCUUUUUUCUAGCUAGCUAGGCAGAGGAUCUUGUAAAUGAAAUCAUGGGAAAGGGAAAGCCAAAAUGGACAGAAAGUGUUUAAGAAAAACAGCGUACUUGAGCAACAACUGAUAUAACUAAUCGCAAUUUGGACUUCUUUUUCUCUAAUAAUGGAUCGGAUUAAACAUCAUAUAGGACAAUAAUUAAUCAAUAUAGGCAAGUUAGUUGCACAAAACAUGUAAUUUACAAGAGUAAAAUUUGUUUAUGUCAAAACUAGGGCGUGCUAUGAUCUAACUAUCUAGAUUUUAGAGGUCGUUUGUUUCAUGAAUUUAAAGAAUGAAUUUGAGUUUCAAUUCCAGUCAUAUGAAUUAUGCACAAAGUCAUUUGUGUGUUUGAAGUUUGUUGGGAAUCAAUCAAGUUCGCAGGGGUCCACAGACUUUGAGAUAUUAUAUGAGCCGACGAUCCGAUCAGAAAAAUUAAUUACCAGAAUAUAAAUUUAUAGACGAUUCUAGAGAUAUGAAACAACUAAGCUAUAAUUAAACCACAAUUUCAUUACAGAAUAUCCAAUCAUUCACUUUUUCGAUACAACCUCCAAUACAAUUUUCCAAAUCUUUUACUCACACUAAUUUGUAUCAAAGCCAAGCCGAGCGCUUCUUUUGCAUCAAAAGGACAGUUGGAUUGCUAAGUUGGCAUCUAAAUUCUGUGGGUGGUACUAAUAGUACCAUUCUUUUCUAUUCUAUUAUAAAUCUUGAUCAUCAAUUAUGACGCAAUAUAAUAAAAAAAUUUAAACUAUCGAGCAUCAUUUACUGGUUGUUAAAUUGGUUUAAAUCGUUGAGCCGAUCAAAUAAGCGAUUUAAGAUUCACUGAUUUUAUUGGGAUUCAACAUGUUUGAGAUGUUUUAUACAUUUUCUAAAUAUGUAUACAAAUAAAAUACUAAUUUAGAAUUUUAAUGACUGAAAUAAAAUUUGCUUUACAUGUAUCUAUUAGAAACUCACCUAAAAAAACCCUACCUAACUCCUUCUCCCUCUCUUUCGGCUGUCUCCCUCACUCUCUCUAAUGGUCAUACCAGUGAUUUUCUGGAAACUUUUUUGAAGUCUAAUUCUGAUCGAACUUGGUCCAACCAACCGGUCGAUAAAAGGUUUAACAACCUUGCCAAUGCACAUAGCGCAAAUUAGGGCUGCUGUCUAUUGAGAGAGAAACAAAAACAGAACCCACCUUUUAAUUUCACUCAUUUGAUUGGAUAAUAAUUUCAGAGAGAAGGUUUCAAUGAGUGACACAACCUUCCUAAACAUCAUCAAGGUGGCUUGACAGUCACUCACAAUGAUCAUUAUGAGUUAAUAUGGUAAUGGUGGCCACAUUGUUGCUCCAAUUAAUUGCCUCAAGUGGCUCUUAUUAUCUCUUUAUAAUUAUAAUAAAGAUGUCUAAAUCUACCUGAGAAAAUAAUUUAACUCUCACUUUAUAGGUUGCAACUAGUGGUGGUGGACUGGUGUGCCUAUAUUAAACACUCAACUCAGAAACUUACACAAAAUCCCAACCCAUUGAUCCUUCUGCUCUGCCCCCUCUAGAGAUCCCAAUUGCCUCUUUUCGAGUAAGUCUUCGAAGCAACGUCUCGUAGAAUCGUGGAGUCUAAUGUUCUUUUAGUCGUUAGAUGUACGUGGUGACACAUAACAGAAUGUUGUUCUGUUUCUGUUCUUGUUUCAAUAGUGGGUUGCUCGACAAAAGAAGCCGAAACAGAAGUACUGCAGCAAGUAGCUUCUCCAGGUGAUGAUUUGGUAAUUUACAUUUCUGAUGUUAUAUGCGACAGCAGCACUACUACUACUACCACCGACGAGACACCUUCUUCCACUCAGAGCAGCAGCUGUUCCCCGGCCGAUCAUACUUUCUCCGACCACCUCGCAAGUCGCCGGUACCGUUCAGACGCAGGUGGGAAAGGGUUCCAAGCUCCUGAACCUACUUUCCCCAUAUCUCUCAAGGUAGACGGAGAUGUGAUGUGAUGGUUUCUGUACGUACUAACUUACGCUGUUGGUCACUUCUUUAGCAUAAAAUGUUUUAAAAGUGCAUAGAAAACUAGUUCAUAGGAGCUAUUUCGCACGGCUAUGUGCCAAUGUCAGCCAAAAUCUUGCUGAUCAUAGAGUUGAAAAUUAUGCUUUGAUUAUCAUUGCUCGAAUCAACCAUGCUAAGAGUUGUGAAUUACGAGUGGGACAUGCCAACCGUCGAGUCUUUUGAGAUCACGCGAAAAAACCAGUUCAUAUCAAUAACUCAAUUGUUUAAUAGAAAUCCUGAGACAUGCUUAAUUAAUAUGACUUCAACUCUCAUAACUUCUUCCAUUAAACCCCUGAAAAUGGUCUAAUUGAGCAAAUAAAGCCCUGCAGUUUCAGGAUGUGCACUACAAAGUUGCAGGAAAGGGUGGUGGUAGUGGAGAUCAGAAGGUGAUACUUGAUGGAAUCACUGGUGGUGUAAAGCCAGGGGAGUUGCUUGCUCUGAUGGGUCCAUCAGGUAGUGGGAAAACAACCCUGCUCAAUCUUCUAAGUGGAAAGAUCAAAUCUGAAACCACUGGUAGCAUCACAUACAAUGAUCAACCAUACACCAAGUCACUCAAGAGAAGGAUUGGUUUUGUGACACAAGAUGAUGUUGUCUUCCCUCAUCUCACUGUCAAGGAAACCUUAACUUACUCCGCAUUACUACAGCUUCCGAGUGUCCUGAGUAGACAGCAGAAGCGAGACCGGGCUUUGAAUGUCAUCAGCGAGCUAGGUCUCGACAGAUGCCAAAACACAAUGGUUGGUGGCAAGUUUAUGAGAGGAAUAUCGGGAGGAGAGAGGAAAAGGGUGUGCAUAGGGAAUGAAAUCCUGCUGAAUCCAUCGCUUUUGUUCUUGGACGAGCCAACAUCUGGCCUGGACUCCACCACUGCACUUCGAAUCGUCCAGCUACUGCAAAACAUGGCUGAGGAAGGAAAAACAGUGGUGACAACGAUACAUCAGCCAUCCAGUAGGGUUUUCAGCAAGUUUGAUAACCUCAUUCUGUUGGGCAAAGGCAGCUCCUUGUACUUUGGGAAAGCAUCCGAGGCCAUGCUGUAUUUCUCCUCAAUUGGGUGCUAUCCGCUCAUAGCAAUGAACCCAGCUGAGUUUCUCGUCGAUCUUGCCAAUGGAGAUGUGAAUGACAAGUCUGUUCCUGCUCAACUGGAUGAUGACAAGUUGGCUUUUAAGAGCAGACCUUCACCAGCUGAUGUUCAAGAGUUUCUUGUGGAGGCCAGUAGAUUACACGUAAGAGAAGCGGAUAGAAAACCAGCAGCAGUCCUAAAUGGCAAGGCAGAGAUCCCAGCCGGAGAGGUAAAAUCAAGGGACUUUGAAGCAACUUGGUGGGAUCAGUUCUCAAUCCUAUUUCAGAGGGGAUUCAAAGAGAAGCGCCACGAGUAUCUUAGUACGAUUCGUGUGGUACAAGUUAUAGCCAUAGCCGUUGUGGUGCUACUACUUUGGUGGCAUUCUGAUGCUUCAUCUCCUCAGAAACUCCAGGAUCAGGCUGGGCUGCUGUUCUUCAUCUCAGUGUUUUGGGGCUUCCUUCCUUUGUUCAAUUCUGUAUUCACAUUCCCACAAGAAAGACUGAUGCUGGCUAAAGAAAGAUCAGUUGGCAUGUACAAGCUGAGUGCAUAUUUUGCUGCCAGAAGUGCCUGUGAUCUCCUCUUGGAUCUCACAUUGCCUGUUCUGUUCCUUAUGAUGGUCUACUUCAUGGUGGGACUCAAGUCGAGCUUCUCGGCGUUUUCUCUUACCCUCCUUACCCUUUUCCUCAACAUCAUUGCUGCUCAGGGUCUUGGACUGGCAAUAGGUGCAGCAUUCAUGGAUCUGAAGAAAGCAACAACACUUGCUUCUGUUGUUGUGAUGUCCUUCAUGUUAUCUGGUGGAUUUUAUCUCAAGAAUGUCCCGGGGUUUAUGGAGUGGGCGCGCAAUGUAUCAUUCAACUACCACACAUACAAGCUGCUGCUGAAGAUCCAGUACAGCUGUUCGUCAGGGCGGUCUGAUGUCGAAUGUGGGUUCAUCAGGGAAAUGGGAGUGGGUUCAGGUGGGCUGGAAGUUGGUGCUUUGUUUGUGAUGAUCACAGCUUAUCGCUUACUUGCAUAUUUGUUCUUAAGGAAGAUGAAGCUGUAUUGAGGGCCUCAACUUUGAAGCUUACUACAGAAGAAUGACCCUGUCUUACAUAAGUAAAUGAAAAGCGUUCUAGAUUGGUAGUGCAUCCAUUAAAUUUCAAUAUCACACUGCAUAUGUAAAAGAACUUAUCACUCCUUAUCGUUCCAAUUUUAUCGAAUGUCCAUAGGAGGACAUCCAAUAAAUGUUGCACUAGUUAUGAAUAUUUUUUUUAAUAUUUGAGUUUUCAAGUGUACAUUUAAUAAAAUGUAGAUUAGGUUGCAAGAUGUAUGCCGAUUUUUAUUGUUUUUAACCUAGUUAUAUAUGUUGGACAUAAACGCAUAAUGUAGGUUAAAUUUUUUUUUUUGCUCACCCGAACUACAAAUUCUGACUUAGCCCCUGUUCAUGAUUAAUCAGUUAUUGCAAAAAACCACUGAUCCAAAGUUUUCUAAGUUUAUAUAUCAUUAAGAUGAACUGAGCGAGAUAUUGCUUAUGAAUCCUCAAAUACGGACAGUAGGCAGUGGCUAAGAUGUGUAGAGAGGUGGGGCUGAAAAUAUUUUCAUUAGGUUGGGUAUGGGAAUCAAAUCCUACAUCCGAUCAAUUAGGAACAACUAUCUCACCAUCUACGUUAAGCAAAUUUUAUGAUUCUUUUCAUGCAUACAUUUCUAUUUAAAACAAGUAUACACCAUAGAAUUCAAACACCUUAAUAGUGCAUUUUUAUGGAAUUUCUAAGUUGAAUUUGUAUAUUUGUGAAUUGUGAUAUAUCAUUUGAUAAUAUGUUCAAAUACUUACAAGGCUACGGCAUAAGAAUUUGGUAAGUUGCUAGGUUAAAUGUUAUCACAAGUAGUUUGGGGAUCCCAAAUUCCAUUACCAAUAUAGGCUUUGAUUUUUA